UACUAAUGUUUGGUUUAACUUGCCGCCCAGCAGCAAGAUCGCAUGUACAUGACAUUAAUAUCAUCUUCGUCAAUACUAAGCUAGCUAGAGCAGUUUUGAGUACUACUCCUAGUCCUAUAAGAAUAAGAUACACAUGCAGUUGCACAUGCAGUUGAGUUCGUUGCAUCUGUAGAAAGGGAGAGAGAGCAUUAUACUGAGCACCGAGGGAAUAAGGAAGGAAUGAUGGCCAUGGAAGAGCAGCCCAUGCUCCUGUCCGCCAACCCAAUGGCCGUCCUGGCGCUUGUCGCGGUCGUCACCCUUGUUGCCUUGAAUCUCUUGAUCUCCUCACGGCGCCAGGCCCGGCUCCCCCCGAGCCCGACUAGCCUCCCGGUGAUCGGGCACCUCCACCUGCUUCGGCCGCCGGUGCACCGCACCUUCCACGAGCUCGCCGCCCGGCUCGGCCCCCUGAUGCACAUCCGCCUCGGCUCCACGCACUGCGUCGUCGCCAGCACUGCCGACGUCGCCAGCGAGCUCAUCCGCAGCCACGAGGCCACCAUCUCGGAGCGCCCGCUCACGGCGGUGGCCCGGCAGUUCGCCUACGACUCGGCCGGUUUCGCCUUCGCGCCCUACAACACGCACUGGCGCUUCAUGAAGCGCCUCUGCAUGUCCGAGCUGCUUGGCCCGCGCACCGUGGAGCUGCUGCGCCCCGUCCGCCGCGCCGGCACGGUGUCGAUGCUGCGCGCCGUGCUGGAGUCGUCGGAGCGUGGCGAGGCGGUGGACCUCACACGCGAGCUCAUCCGGCUGUCCAACACGUCCAUCAUCCGGAUGGUGGCGAGCACCGCGCCGGGGAGCGUCACCGAGGAGGCGCAGGAGCUGGUGAAGGCGGUGGCGGAGCUGGUGGGCGCCUUCAACGUGGACGACUACAUCGCCGUGUGCCGCGGCUGGGACAUCCAGGGCCUCGGCAAGAGAGCCGCCGACGUCCACCGGCGCUUCGACGCGCUGCUGGAGGAGAUGAUCAGGCACAAGGAGGAAGCCAGGGAGGCGUUCCGCCUCAGACGGGACGGCGAAGAGCCUGGCAUUGGCAGCAAGCAGGACAAGAAGAAGGAGGCGGUGCACAAGGACCUGCUGGACAUCCUGCUGGACAAGGCGGAGGACGAGGCGGCGGAGGUGAAGCUCACCAGGGACAACGUCAAAGCCUUCAUCAUCGAUGUGGUGACCGCUGGGUCCGACACGUCGGCGGCCAUGGUUGAGUGGAUGCUGGCGGAGCUGAUGAACCACCCGGAGGCCCUGCGCAUGGUGCGGGAGGAGAUCGACAGCGUGGUCGGCGGGGGCAGGAUCGCCGGCGAGGCCGACCUCCCGAGGCUCCCGUACCUGCAGGCGGCGUACAAGGAGACGCUGCGGCUGCACCCGGCGGCGCCCAUCGCGCACCGGCAGUCGACGGGCGAGAUGGUCAUCCGUGGGUUCACGGUGCCGCCGCAGACGGCGGUGUUCAUCAACCUUUGGGCCAUCGGCCGCGACCCGGCCUUCUGGGAGGAGCCCCUGGCGUUCAGGCCGGAGCGGUUCAUGCCCGGCGGCGCCGCCGGGGGGCUGGAGCCCCGCGGGCAGCACUUUCAGUUCAUGCCCUUCGGGAGCGGCCGUCGGGGCUGCCCCGGCAUGGGGCUCGCGCUGCAGUCCGUGCCGGCGGUGCUGGCGGCGCUAGUGCAGUGCUUCGACUGGGCUGCUGCGGACGCCGGCGAUAGCAACAAGGCAGUGAUGAUAGACAUGAAGGAGUCGGACGGGCUGGUGUGCGCUCGCAAGCAGCCGCUCCUGCUCCGCCCCACCGCUCGCCUCAGCCCCUUCCCGGCCGUCGUCUAGCUCCAACCGUUCAUGCCGGUCUCUGUAAUAAUCCACCAAUCCAUACCAUGCACGCAUUGCCAACAUUAUAGCAUGCACCAUCAAACCAGGCAGUAUCGAGCGUGUUAUUUGUCCUUGUCAUUCCUGUGUCAAAUUGCCAUGAAGGAUUGCUACCUUGUUAAUUGGUACAAUAUUGUGACUCA